GAGAAAUAAAAAAUGGGAAAAUAAACGAGCCUUCAAAUUUCUUUUACCAGAUUUGACGGAACGUUAGCGGGAAAGAUCCACGAAAUACAAUUUCAGGCGUGUUUUGAUUUAAGUGACAGACUACAGAGUAGAGGUAGCAAAUUCGAUUUGACGUCUACAAAUCCAUAUAUGUCAAGCCUACAGGGUACUGCUUCGUACAAUACAAAAUUAUAGCAUACGACGAAAACGUGGAAAUAUGCAGCAGCAAGUACCUGAAAUAGGAUUGACACCCAGCAAAAUCUAUUUGUAGUUCUACAAACAAAAAGUUUGGAAGCCUGCGUGGUUGCAGUUGCUUCUGCUCUUUUAAACCCUACUCCAGAGUCCUGCAGUUGACAUUUUCCUUUCGCUGACUGAGAGAUCGCUUUUAUUUGAAGUCCUAUGCCAUUCUCUUCGUUGUGAACAAAUCUGCGUUUGACAGGAUGGUUUUUGUUCGGCGUUUAUGGAGAAUAUGUGUAUGAGAAGCUUCUGGAUGCUGCUAAUGUGGAGCUCAUGGAUGACAGCUCAUCUUUCGUGGCAGUUAGACACCAUCUUUCACGCAGCAUAGAAAGCAGACACAGCACUUCUGUUAGGACUGGCGCAUGGGGUUUCAACCGUGGUCUUUGCUAUGUUAUUUGAAGGAACGCAAGGUUUUGGGCAGAACAUGGAUUUGGAUGUGUCCCACUCUAGACAACCUUUACUCACUUCUCAAGAUGUUCAUUAUGAUGAGGGUGAAUUACCAGAAAAGAAGACAAAGGAAAAAUGGGCUUGUGCUGAGAUCCUUUGUUAUCUGAUUGCACUGAGCGCAAAUUGGUUGGUUGACAUUGUAACUGGCUCGGCAACAUGGAUUGGGAGAAGUCUCUCUUGUGUUUGUGCCCAAAGGAGCGAAAGUGAUGAUAGAGUUGCUAUUGAUUUAACCCCGUUACAGGAAGAAAGAUUGCAAAGACUGAAGCGACGCAUAGAAGUCUCAUUUGAUGGAACAAGAGCAGAUCAUCAGGAGGCAUUAAAGGCUCUUUGGCAUGCUGCCUUUCCUGGCAGAGAGCUUCACGGUUUGGUUUCAGAGCAGUGGAAGGAAAUGGGAUGGCAGGGAAGAGAUCCAUCUACUGAUUUUAGGGGUGGUGGCUUUAUAUCAUUGGAGAAUUUGCUAUUUUUUGCGAAGACAUUUCCUAAGUCCUUUCAGCGCCUACUGCAAAAGCAAGAAGGUAACAGAGCUACGUGGGAAUAUCCAUUUGCUGUAGCUGGUGUAAACAUUACAUUCAUGCUCAUUCAGAUUCUUGAUCUUCGAUCUGGUAUUUGUACAAAUUUUGUAGAAAAACCUCGGACAUUAAUGGGAGCUAUCUUCCUGAAGAUGCUUGCAGAGGAUGAAUGGGCUUUUGACUUGCUUUACUGUAUUACAUUUGUAAUGAUGGAUGCACAAUGGCUUGCAAUGCAUGCUUCCUACAUGGAGUUUAAUGCUGUUAUGAAAGCCACCCGUUCCCAGCUAGAAAGAGAGUUAAAUAUGGACGAUGUUUUGCGUCUUGAAGAUAUGCCAUCCUACAGCUUCUUGUCUCAGUAAUUCUUUUUUUAUUUUAAUUUUAAAUCUACUAUAAAACAGGGACCAAAGCUGUAUUAUUCAUUGAUUGGCUGUCUACAAGAUUUUGUAAUUUUUUUUGUGUAUGUAUUCCGUGGUGAACCAGCUGUCUUUGCAUCAUGAUGAACAGUUUCUUUACUGAUUGAAAUUUCUAUAUAUAGUUUUGCUUCUGAGGGUCCUACACAGUCGUAUCCUGGAUUAUUUUGGUUUUCCUAAAGUGAACAAGAUAUGUGGGAUUUGCAAGGAAUAAUUAAAUAUAUGUUCUCUGCUAAUCAGAACAAACCAUUGUGUGGGAAUAUACGACUGCUUUUGGGAUA